UAGCUGCUAGGCAAUUACAGCAGCGACGUAUCGAGAGAGAGAGAGGGUGGCCACCGAAACUAAUCAAAGGGCCGUCCAGCACCUGAACCAUCAAUCGGGUUUAUGAUCAAAGGCGAUCAAUCAGCCGACCGUUAACCUUCGGUGCAACGCGGAAGUGUCACUUCAACGUCAACGUUUUUUUUCUUUUUGAAUUAUUAUCGGUGACAACAUGGCUGAAUGUAACAUUAGCAUCGACAAGAAUAAUCUACCUGGAGUGAAAGAGGUGUGCCGAGACUUUGCGGUGCUGGAGGACCACUGCCUGGCCUACAACCUCCAGGAGCAAGAAAUUGAGAGCCACUUGGCAUCCAACGUCAAUAAGAGCCGUCUGGUGCAGAAGGACCUGCUGGUGGCCAAGAAACUGCAGGAGGAGGAGGAUCUGAGGGCCAAGGGCCAGAUCAAGAAACAACAUGUUGAAACUGAGCUCCAGGACAUUGAGAUCGCCCAGGAGAUUCAGGAUCAACUGGUCCGACAGGCAGAACAACAACGACAGCAGGAAGAGAAAGAUGCGGCCAUCGCUCGGAAGCUGCAGGAGAAGGAGAUGAAAGAGGAGAGGAAGAGACAGAAGCAGCUGGAAGCAAACUUUGACGAGGAGUACUUUGAGGAUCACGGAGCUGCAAGAAAACCGCUUGACUUGGACAAACCCAACCGUCACAGGUCGACCUCCCCAGGCCGACAUGAUCCUUAUGCUCCAGUGAGCUCACAUCGUGAUUACUCCCCAGAUUAUAGCUCAACAGAACCCAAAAGGAGCAGGUACCCAAAGCAGGACCCAGCAGCACCCCACAGUCGCUCCAGAUACCCUGAGCACCACCUAGUGGCAGAAGGAGGGCGAAGCAGGCAUGCAGAUCCGUACCCAGAGCACCUGGCCUCUAGAGGCAAGCAUGGGGACAGGUACCCAGAAUAUUAUGAGCCCACAGAGACUGGCAGAGCCAGGGGACCAGGGUGGGAGGACACAGAGAGAGUGGUGAGGAGGAAGGAAAGACCUGCCAGACCACCUCAACCACACAGCCCCAUAGAGCGUGACAAGGCAUGGGACAGAAGGAAAGACGGGCAACAUGACCGGGACAGGUACAGAGACCUGGAAUGGGAGAGGCAUAUGGGAAAAGAGCACAGGAGAGACAGGGAGCAGGACCCAAGAGGGGCAAGAACAGGAGGAAGAGACAGGGAAAGAGGACUGAGUGCGGACAGACAGAGAGAAAAAGACAGACAGAGACAGAAAGACAAAGACAGACAACGAGCGAGAACAAGGAGCAGGGAGAGAGGACUGGACAAGGAGCCAGGGCACAGUAGGGACCGGCCGAGGGAGGGCCGGGCUUCUUGGGAGGAGGAAUGGGAUGAUGGUGAGAGGGAGAGGAGGGCCAAGGGCCGGCAGCGUGUCCACUCCGGCCCUGAAGAGGUGUUUGACGAGCUGGAAGAGCAGGGCGGGGGUCCCGGCAGGGAACGCAGUCAUUCUCAGCCCAACGGAGAGACAGGUCGUAUUGUGCACCGAGGCAGUGGAGCAGUCGUAGCAGAAACUGUGUACGGAGUGAGCGAGGCCACCAGGGAGCUGACGAAGCUUGAUAUCCGUGAGCAGGAGCUGAAGGACAUGGAGGUGGCCAGGAAGCUGCAAGAGGAGGAGAUCAAGGCCAGUAAGAUGCAUGUGCGUGCAGCCCAAGUAGCGCAGGAUGAGGAAAUCGCCCGACUGAUGAUGGAACAAGAGAAGAAGGAGUACAGGAAGAAUAAGGAGCGGGACAAUGAGAGAGAGCGGGAGAAAGAGAAGGAGCGAGAGAAGGAGAAGUUGGCCAUGGACAGGAUGGCGAUGGACAGGAGGCGGUUAGAGGGAGACUACAGGCCAAGCUCAGAGGAGGUAGUCCGGCCCAGAACACGAGAUGAGCAUGACCACCAGAGGCAGAGGAACCACAACAAGCCUGCCAGGCCUCCUCAGCCUCGUACACACGACUAUGAGAAUGUGAACGCUGGCUACGGCUACUCGGACCACCCUGCCCCCCCUCGCGCUCCCACCAGACCUGAGGCUGCUUACAAAGGUGCCUAUUACAGGCGGUGACUCAGGCUCUCUACCCUGUCCAGACACGCUGUCAGUCCUCCUUCGUCCUCUUUUUUUUUUUUUUUUUUUCAAACCAUUCACACUCUGUUGACCAAAAGCCUUGGGACAAUCUGAUGAGUUGGCAAUGGGAUUUUUUUUUUUAAUGCCCUCCAAAGUUGGCCCAAAGUUAAGGAAGUGGGUCUGUGAGUGCUGGAUCCACACUCAUCUUUUCCUCUUUUUCUUUUAUUUUCAAAUGCAUAAACUUUGUUGAAUAUUAUUUCUUUUAACUGACUCGACGUCAAGACAAGCCAAAAUAGCAGCCUUGUGACAUAAACACCCCCGAUUCUUAGCUGUUGAAUUAGACGUAGAGGCUCCUCACCUUCUGUGGUCAUCAUGUGCUGAAGUUUGUCCCAUCACAAGGGCUCAAGGCCUCUGCUGGAUAUAUAACCAUGCAAUCUCAAAAAUUCCUCUUCACUCUUCAUGGGACGUGCCUGUCUGGUCCAACAUGGCUGCUACAGUGUCUUAGAUACCAACAUGGCAGCUGCUUUGUACACCCAUGCUGCAGUUCUGUCAUAUGUCACGCUGUGCAACGAGGCCCCUCCGGUCCUCUCCAUGUGCCACGCAGCGUACGACUCUCUCGCUGUAUUCAAACUACACAAUAAUAAGCCUUUAUCAAGAUGCUGGUAGUUUUGGCUUCGACAUGUUUUACCACCUUGUUCCAGUGCAGAGGAGGUGGAGCUUUGUGAUGAUCCAUGGACGUUUUAUUGGCUGUGUCCUCUUCUGCUCGCGAGGGGCACUUUUUAGCCUCGUCGCCCGUAAAAACUGUGGAUGGAUGAUAUUCUGUGUACGACUUACUGUUUCUAUGUGCAUGCUUACUGAAAGUGUACAACUGUGUACAUGCAUUUCAGCUCUAUAUCUAAUUAUCUGGCUCCCUCUUUAUUGUCAGAAAGGGCUAAAGCCACAAAAAGCCAAUAAUCUCUUUGUGAAUGAAUAAAAUGUUAUCUCAUAUAUACUACUGUACAAUUUAUCACUUUCCUGCCAUUAUUUCAUAUCGGCUGAUCAUUUCCAAACUAAAACUGGCCUGUAAAAGAACCAGUACCAAAAUGAAAUGCAUGUACAUUGCUUGUCUGUGUCGAACCUGAAUCUGUGCUCGUGCUUACGGCACAGACGUUGUGCGAUUGAAUAUUUGCUCUUGUUUUAUUUAAAUGUAAAUAUCAUUCUUUUUUUUCUUUAUCAUUCCCUUUUUUUUAAUUUGUGCUACCAAAUUAUUUUCCCCAUUGUUAAAAGUACAAUAAUCUCUCUUCAGUAGCUCUAUCUUGUGUCCCAUUACUUAUGUUUGUCAAGAAUCGGAGCCUUAUAUUCUUAUUUUUAUACAGUAUUUUGUUGUUGCUUUCUUCAGAUUGUUAUCCCUUAAUUUCCAUUCCCCAAAGCUGUUCCCCGUCACUUCCAUUCCUCCUUUCUUUGUCUCGAGCUCAAAGGCAGACAUCACAUCCUGCCUGCAGAAAAAGACAAAACAUCCCACAAAAGAAAUGCAUCUGGAUGAAGGGAAAACUGAGAGAGGAUCAGUUAAAAUAUACAUUACUGCUCAAAGGGACCUAUUUUUUAAAUUAUUAUUAUUAUUUUAUUAUUUUUACUAUUCUGGGAUCAUUUACUUUCUGUUCAUAUUGAAUAAUAAGGAUGAUGAGGAAAAUUAAGAGCACAUUGAAGCUUCACUGAAAUGUUUGUGGCGGCCACAAAGUGAUUCAGUCUUUGAACGUUUGGUGCUGCCUCCAGGUUCUCCCAUUGUCAGAAAUGUUGACAAACUUCUAAACUGAUUCCCUCCACUAGAGAAAGUGUGAGAUGUUUGUAUUGCUGCGGACAAACAUGCAGGUGGUAUUGAAUUAUAAUAUGUGCUAUGAGAUUUGUGCCAUAUGUUUGUAAUUGUUUUUCAGGGAAAAUGGGAAAGGCUUAAAGCUGUUGUGGUUGUAGCAGAGGUGCCACACCCACCAAGGUGGGACUCCUUAUUUAUUCUUUGGUGAGAGUGCCACCGUGUGGACAAUGGAAAAUGUAGAAAUGAAUCUGAUCAGGAUGCGUCUUUGUGUAUUUGUGGAUGUUGUUCAUCAGAUGUUACUUUGGAAUCGAGUGCUGUCUACAUCAUUGAGUGCUAUGUUUUUAAUUUUCUUUAAUCCAGGGCUUGUAUGCAAUCAUAAAUCAACAUAUGCUGUAUGUGUUGGCACUUGCUGUAACAGAACUUUUUUUUAAAGUAAAAUUAACAAGUUGCUUUUACCUAUAGCAUCUCAAAAUGUAAUAAACUGUAUCAGCAUUUCCACUGUU